CUAUUUCUCCACUGAGCCCUGCCCUGUACAAAGGCCAGCAGUUGUGAAAGGCAGUGGUGGCCCCGGAGGCAGAAGACAUGGCUUUCUACGGCACCCAAGCUCCCUAUGUGAACCCGGUCGUCCCCUUUUCUGGGAUAAUCCAAGGAGGUCUGCAGGAGGGACUUCAGAUCACUGUCCUGGGCACCAUCACCUACUCCUCUGUAAACAGGUUUGCUGUGAACUUUCAGACCGGCUUCAGUGGAAAUGAUAUUGCCUUCCACUUCAACCCUCGCUUUGAAGAGGGAGGAUACGUGGUUUGCAACACAAAGCAGAAAGGAUCCUGGGGGUCUGAGGAAAGGAAGAUGCAGAUGCCCUUCCAGAAGGGGGUGCCCUUUGAGCUCUGUUUCCUGGUGCAAAGGUCGGAUUUCAAGGUGAUGAUAAACAAGAGCUUCUUUGUGCAGUACUCACACCGGGUACCCUACCACCUCGUAGACACCAUCAAUGUCACCGGCUCCUUGCAGCUGUCGCUCAUCAACUUCCAGAACUCUUACACAGCUCCUGUCCAGCCCAUCUGUUCCACGAUGCAAUUCUCCCAGCCUGUUCAGUUUCCACGGAACCCCCGGGGGCGCAGACCAAAACCUCAGGGUAUUAUUCAGCCUGCCCACCAUGUGCCAAUUGCUCAAACUGUCAUCCACACCAUCCAUGGUGCACCUGGACAGAUGUUCCCUAAUCCUGGAAUUCCACCCAUGGUAUACCCCACUGCAUCCUAUCCAAUGCCUUUCUUCACCACCAUCCCUGGCGGGCUGUACCCAUCCAAGUCCAUCACUGUGUCGGGCACCAUCUUGCCCAAUGCUAAGAGGUUCCACAUCAACCUGCGCUCUGGGACCGACAUUGCUUUCCAUCUGAACCCCCGUUUCGAUGAGAAGGCUGUGGUCCGCAACACUCAGAUCAACAACUCUUGGGGGCCUGAGGAGCGAAGUCUUCCCGGGAAAAUGCCCUUCAUUCGCGGUCAGAGCUUCUUGGUAUGGAUCAUAUGUGAAAGCCACUGCCUCAAGGUGGUUGUGGACAGUCAACACCUGUGUGAAUACUUCCACCGCUUGAAGAACUUGCCAGCCAUCAACAACCUGGAAGUAGCGGGUGAUGUCCAGCUGACCCAUGUGCAGACAUAGGCAGGUCCUAGCCUGGAGAUGAGGGCUGGGGCAUGCUGUCUGGGUCUCCAUUUUAACUCUUUGUUUCAGGUCCAGCUCCCCACAUCCCACAAGAGCACUGGGGUGGCCAGGCAGUUGGAGAUCCCAGCUCACUCCCCUCCAUAGAAGGGUGUCCUGGGCUACAGCAUGUGGGUCUCAGCCCACAGUUCUGGACAUGGGUCCAAGCUAGAGGGAGGUAACCUCCUUGGCCCUUCCCCUUCCUCUGACCUUUAACCUCACUCUGGCCCCUUGUACCUGCUCUUUCCACUUAUCCCUCCAGGAGGGUCACCCUGAUAUCAUCCCACUGGCCUCCAACUGACCAGAACUUUCUCAUCAGAGAAUGUCCUUAAAAUAAAUAAUGCUUGUUGACACACUCA